AUGAACGGAAAGCGCAAGGCAUUCAGCGGUGAUUCCCGGCCUCCGAAGAAGCAGAAGCCCGAUGCGGCGCGAAAGGAGGAGAAGAAGGCGGCGCUUUUGUUCACUGCAAGACCARAUUGGCAUGCAGAACCUCUGCCCGCGCUCGCUGGUAAAGACGAUGGACGGAAUUUGAGCAUGCCGCCGCCGCGGGUGGUUGAAGAACUGUUACAAUAUGCGAUGGAGCUGCUGGAGGCGGAAAAUGCGACAUAUGGCGCUUCACACAUGACGGGCUCAUCCUCGCAUAAGUUCUUGUCGACCAUUAUGUCGUCUGGAACACUGGAGGACAAGGUCUCGGCGUUGACGCUGCUGGUACAAGAGUCGCCACUGCAUACGAUGAAGGCGUUUGAUAACUUGCUUGGGUUGUCACGGAAGAAGAGUCGAAACCAAGCAUUAAUGGCCGUGGCCGCGCUCAAGGAUUUGCUGGGACAGGGUGUUGUGCUGCCGGGGGAUCGGAAACUGCGAGCAUUCGGGAGACAGCCCGGUCUGAUAAGUGCUAUGCAAGGAAAGGCCGCGAGCUGGUCGUAUGGUGAGCCACUUCCCGGUGGAUUGGAGAAGAUCCACAUAUUAGUCUGGGCUUUCGAGGACUGGCUAAAGAAGAAGUACUUUGAGCUGCUGGGAGUUCUGGAGACAUGGUGCAACGACGAGAUUGAAUACUCGCGUAGUCGUGCCAUCACCUACGUGUGGGAGCUGCUGAAGGACAAGCCGGAGCAAGAAGAGAAUCUGCUACGCCUACUGGUCAACAAGUUGGGAGACACCGAUCGCAAGAUUGCCUCCCGCGCAUCAUACCUGCUGCUACAGCUAGAGGUUACGCAUCCCGCCAUGAAGCUGAUUAUUACCAACAGCGUUGAAGCAGACAGUCUCUUUCGCCCGGGUCAGAGCGACCACGCCAAGUACUAUGCCAUCAUCACCCUCAACCAGACGAUCCUCAGCCAAAAGGAGCAGGAACUGGCCAAUCGACUUCUGGAAAUCUACUUUGCCCUUUUCGUCCAACUUUUGAAGCCAAAGGAGGCCCCCGAGGCCCCGKUCAAGAUGAAUACCAAAGGUAAACCUCAGGGUGGUGGCGGUAAAGCUGGUAAAAUGGCAGCAAAGAAGCGCAAGGCAGAGGAGCGGAGUGACGAAUCUGUUGUUCAACUUCAUGAGAAGAUGGUUGCUCAGGUACUAGCGGGUGUCAACCGUGCAUUCCCAUUCGCGGACACCAACAGUGCUGCUUUCGACAAGCAGAUGGACAUGAUUUUCCGGGUCGCCCAUUCUGCCAACUUCAACACCAGCGUCCAAGCCCUCAUGCUCAUUCAACAGAUCUCUUCAACCAAGCACUACGGCGCGGAAAGGUUUUACAAGACACUAUACGAGUCACUAUGGGAUCCUCGACUCUUUACAUCUAGCAAGCAAGUCAUGUACCUCAAUCUUCUGUACAAGAGCUUGAAGGCGGAUCUCAACGCGAGAAGAGUGCAAGCAUUUGUUAAGCGGUUACUCCAAGUCAUCACCAUGCACGAGCCGCCGUUUGUCUGUGGCGUGCUGUACCUGAUCAGCGAGCUGGAAGCCACCUUCCCGAGUAUCCGGAACAUGUUGACUGAGCCGGAGGUAGAUGACGAAGACGAAGAAGAGCAUUUUGUGGACGUGCCGGAGGAUGGUACGUCUGCUCCUCAAAUUCAGACAUCAUCUUCAGAAAGGAAGUCGCUCUACGAUCCGCGCAAGCGCGACCCAGAGCAUUCGGGUGCAGAGCGGACGUGUCUAUGGGAAAUUCUCCCUCUCGUCCGUCACUUCCACCCAUCUGUCUCCCYCUUCGCUGAGGCGGUCUACGGCAGCAAGGAGAUGCCUCCUAAACCAGAUCCAACACAGCACAACCUCAUGCACUUUCUCGAUCGAUUCGUCUACCGCAAGCCACGCUCCAAGGAGGCUGUCACUCAUGGUAGCUCCAUCAUGCAGCCACUUGCAGGGACUGCUGGCGCGGACAUGCUCAUCAGGCCUGGCGACUCAGGGAUCAAGACUGYGCCACUCAAUACGGAGGCCUUCUGGACGAAGAAGGUCGAAGACGUUGCUGCGGAUGAGGUCUUCUUCCACAGCUAUUUCAAUGCAUCAACUAACAAGAAACGGACGUCUGACAAGCCUGAGAAGAAGCAACGCGGUGAUGAUGAGGAUAGUGAGGACGAGCAAGAGGAUGAGAUCUGGCAGGCGAUCGCCAAUUCCCGGCCUGACGUUGAAGGACCGGACUCGGAUGACGAUCUCAGCAUGGCCGAUCUGGAGAGCGCAUACGAUGACAGUGAGGAAGAGGCCGAUGGCAGUGCCGAUGACGAGUCAGAGGCUGGCAUUGAUCUCGGAGGGGGUGAUGAUGAGGAGGAGGAUGUGGGAGCACAGUUUGAAGACAUGGAUGGAAGUGACAUGGAUGAGCUUCCUGAGCUGGACAGUGACGAUGAAGAUGCCAUGUUCGGAGACGACGACGAAGUCGCUGUACCAUUGGCAGACGAUAAGGAGGACGGACCAGAAGAGGUCGAUAAAACGGCACGGAACAAGAAGCAGCGCAAUGAGAGAAAGAAACUCAAGCAGCUGCCGGUAUUCGCUUCUGCGGACGAUUACGCGAAAUUGCUGGCGGGAGACGACGACGAAGACUAUUAG